CCAAUUCAGCAGUGCAACCGAAAAGAACAGACCACUAGAUACGAUAUGUUAGAAUCGGACUACGUCCGCACCGGAAAUACAAAUCAAUUUAUACAUCGAGUUUGGUAUAUCUUUUAUGGAAGAACUGUGCCACUCGAGAAGUGGCGCGUCCUAACGAAGAGUUUUGCAUAAAACACUGUAAACGCAGAAGCUGAGAUAUUUAUUGUCAGUAAUAUUUUGAUAUUUUGAUUGACAUAAUUUGAUAUCUCAAUACGCUUCAGGAACGAUGGCAGACUCAUCUUAUGAUAAAGGACUUAGCGAAUUGUCGAAAAUGAAGGUAGCUGAUUUGAGAGCAGAAUUAAAGCAAAGAGGACUUCCCACUACAGGCAAUAAAAACGAAUUGGUAGAGAGACUUCAAGUGGCAAUGCAUGAUUCUGCAUUGUCUUUGGAUGAGACUGCAGAAGAGAUUUUAGAUGAAGAUGAAGUACUUGGGGAUGAAGAAAUAGAAGAACUAUCCAGUAAGCCAGACUCACAAGAGCUUUCUAAGAAACGAAAAUUGUCCACAGAAAGCAACAAUGGUAAUACCAAGAAGGUUGUAUUAAAUCGUAAAUCCGUGCUCGAAGAAAUCAAGAACGACCAAGUGGAGAAAAAUGAGAACAAAAGUGUAAAAUCUGCAGAGGCUGCACCGUCUGAGAAAAAGAUCAUAAAAUUAUCGGAGCUCGGCGUGAAAGAGAGAUUAGAGAUGAGGGCGAAGAAAUUUGGAAUGCCACUAUCCGAAGCUGCAAAGAAGGAAGCUAGACUAGCUCGAUUCAAUGUAAACAAUCAAAAUAAUAAAUCUGCAGCAUCUAUAAAGACACCUGUGCAUACCACUUACGAGGUACUGAAGAAACGUGCAGAAAGAUUUGGUACAUCAGUGUCUACUUUAAUGGAAAAGGCUGAACUGGCUGAACGAUUAGAGAAAAGAAAAGCCAGGUUUGGUGAGGUGAAAUCUGAAGACAAAGUUCACAAUAAAUACAAGAUUGUUAAAUGAUACUCAGUGUUAUAUACCAAAACGUCGCUUUAGAUUUUGAUUUUUAACUUAAAUUUUCUUAUUUUCAAAAUAAAGCUAUUAUAUAAAAAAAUAUAUAUGUAUGUAUACAUGAAAGACAAUCGAUUAUUAUAAUAUGUAUUAUGCGUUUGUAAUUUGCCUUGUAAUAUCAAUCAGUAUUAAAACAUUAAUAGUAGAUUUUUUUUA